UGCCCCAAAGAGUCGCACGAGAACAUUUGUGUCUCGGUACCGGCUGAGGGGGGAGUCAGUCAGAGCCUCUCGCUCUUGCUGGAAAGAUGCGGACGGAGAGAGGAGAGAUUCCACUCCACUUCAACGAGGACGACGUACAUGUCGACACGGGCGAAUAGACAGAUGAAGUGAGUGGGAGCCGCUCGUGCAGGGGCAGCAGUGCGUUUUCCGACGUGAACAUUCUCUUUCCCCUCAUUGCUUGGGUCUGAGUCACUCCGGAGAAGCGGCGAGGAAGAGUAGAGUGGAGUUGUGCUCUCCGGUCGAGUUAGCGGAUGGACUCGAUAUGAGCGGCAUGGUGCAUGGAUUUGUGGCAUUUCGUUGAGAUAUUUCUCUCACCGUGGACGGGUUGCUGAGCAGAUGUGUCCUGUCAUGUCCUGGCCGCUCUGCCUGUGCCUGUGGGUCAGCGUGACGGCCGUUCAGCUGUGUCAAGCCACCUUCUACGACACCAUCCAGCAGCAGCGAGGGACCGGGCCCGGCCGCACCACCGUCCACGCAAUCGAGGGGGGCACGUGUGAAGUAGUUGCUGCACACCGCUGCUGUAAUAAGAAUCGCAUUGAGGAGCGCUCACAAACAGUCAAGUGUUCUUGCUUGCCGGGGAAGGUGGCCGGAACCACCAGGAACAGACCUUCAUGUGUUGAUGCAUCCAUCGUAAUUGGAAAGUGGUGGUGUGAGAUGGAGCCUUGCCUGGAGGGAGAAGAAUGCAAGACGCUCCCUGACAACUCGGGCUGGAUGUGCUAUGCAGGCAACAAGAUCAAAACCACCAAGAACACUCAGCCAUACACAACGUCAGCUACAUACUGAAGCUUGGCCAUAGGCUUGGACUUGAACGCCUCUGGUGCAAAGCUUGAAUUGCAGCACUGCCGAAGGACCAAGUACCAACCAUCCAACAAACUUUCUGAGGCCGUCUCAGACUCAAGUGUAAAAAGUUGUCGAGUAAAUCAUCAUGCACAACCCGCUCAAGGCUCCUGACUAUACAGAUGCUCUGGGCUACCUGCAGGAUGGUCAUUGUGAUCGCCAUAACCUUGUUAUAAAUGUAAUUUCAUCACUUUUUCAAAAUUUGAAGAUGGAACGUCAAGUGAGGGGAUGGUCUGGUAUUUGACGUCAGAUGCCAGUCGACAGCCGUCUGCUACAAAGCCCGGGGAUGUAAAGUCGACACUAAUGGGGUUGACAGCCCUCAGGCUUCUUCUUUUUCCAAAGACAAAUUUGGACAUGAACUGUUUGUCUUGACUCGUGUUUUAUCUCUGUUGGCGCGGAGCCCUGAAUGCAGCCCGAAUGCGAUAAUUAAGCAGACAUUUGGAGACUUACUCCAAAUUGAACUUGUGUGUCUUAAUGCUCUCUACAUUUCAACCUUUGUUUGUGUGCGCGCUGCUCUUUCGCAGCUUAACCAGACCAACUUGGAAACAUGACACCCAUGAAUUUGACUUGCUAAAUAUGCCAUACCAUUUUCAAUCCUUGAAAUGCCUUAAUGGUUUCAAAGCAUUCCAAUGAUGAUGUUGUAUAUGUGAGGCCACAUGUUAAUACGUGAUGAAGUAUCAUUAAAGUCCUUGUUCCUGUAGAACAAA